UCGCGAAAACAGCCGUCUAGCUUACAACGUCACAGUUGAUUUCGACACAGUCGCAGAUGAUGCAAAAAUAACAACGCACGACCGGGGACAUGGGCGACCCUUCGCAGACUGCGACGAAUGUCGCGAAGUCCGCACAGUCGGCCUGGGAAGUCGGCGCACAAUUAUAUGGGUUAUAUCGCGAUACGAACACCAGCAUCGUGAGUUUGAGUAGUCUUGCGACGGAGACCAUGCAGUUAGGAAACACCUGCGACGAGUUGGAUAGGCAAAUCAGGAAGUUGUUAGGCAGAGAUCUUGGAUCCAGAGACAUCAAGCUCUUCAGUAUUGUCGAAAGACAGCGCACCGAAUGCGACCAAUAUUUAAAUGAGUUGGGCGGCGCCGUCCGAAACAUGCGUCCGGAGAUCACCAGUGCGAUGAGUAGAGUCCUCCAUCAGGUCCAGCUUACGAUGAGCGAAGAAGAAAUCGAGCAGGCUCGAUAUCAAAUCCAAGGUCACAUCGCAAAACUACAAAUUAGCGCCCAGCUUAUCAACCUUGAAGUGACAUAUAUUUUACCGAAACUAGCCAACCAAGAUCUACUUGACCAAAUGGAGAGGGUCCAAACUUCGAUUCGCGAGCAAGGGAAGAAUCUUGACGGCGCACUUGUGAAAUGCGCGCAAGAUUAUCUCUCCUCGGGUUCGACGCUGUACGAGGCAAGCGUCGCGAGUGGGCCAUCAAGGCGGUUUGACAGCGCCAAUGGAAGCGCACCGCAAAUCGUGGACUGGAUCAGCACCAUGAAUGGCUUGCGAUUGGACGACAAUGGCCCACUGUCACCAGACACCGCUUACCCUGAGACGGCCCGCAAUCAAUCUGCCAUCGUGGAUGAUGUAGCUCCGACUUCGUCUAGAGAUGUUGUCUCGACAGAUGAAGCACAUCCGGAAUACCGCGAAGAUGUAAGCGAAGCGGAUUCAGAGUUUGAAGACGAGCUCGCGGUGGACUCUGCGGCCGCUGCGUUAGAAAGUGGCAAUGCCGCAUUCGAGCGUAACGAUUUUGAAGAAGCCGAUGCGCUGUUACAAGAAGCCUUGACCCUGAUACAUGCGCUUCCACGACGACUUCGCGAUACUUACAACUUGUUCGAUAUCCAGUGCAAGCUUGCAGUGUCGGCAUUCUAUCUCUACGACACAACCACAGCAGAAGUAUCACUCACAGCGGUAGUUGAGCAACAGCCGAGUGCUCCCCAUGACGUACGUGUCUUAUGCACUGCAAGUCACCUCCUUGCCCAGGUAUACGUCCGAAAUCGCAAGCUAGACCAGGCACGGACAACCUGUGAGAACACUUACCGUAGCCGGCGGAGAACGUUUGGGAAGGAUCACGAGUCAUGCCAUGAAUCUCUUGCACUGCUCGCGCGCAUCUGCGAUUUGCAGAAGAACAAUUCCCGCGCCAAGGUAUAUUUGUCGAUGAUUCCGCUUCAGUCGCAGGAACGACUACGGCGAGGCUUCGAGACUCUCGACGCUGAAUCGCAAAGCCGUUCGCUUUCUACGGGUUCGGUUGACACGGUAUCUACCAUCCGAAGUCUGAACCGCGACAGUGGGACUGUGCCUGCGCCAGUCGUAGUGGUGACUUCCCCUGCUGCCAGUAUUAACAAGACGAAAUUCACGGACGGCGGAAUUGUUUUGCAAUGUCGACGGGCUUGUGAUCUGGCUUGGUCGAAGAACGGCCGUUACUUGGCGUGUGCAGAUCGUGUCUCCAAGGAAAUCAAAAUCGUUGGCUCCACUAGCGAAACUCCCAAGGGCACUAUCAGAGUCACUGGGCUGAAAAGUAUAUAUUCGCUCGCUCUGAGUCCCAGCGGCACAUAUCUCGCGAUCGGCUACGAGGACGCAAGUAUCGAGCUCUGGCACACCGAAUCGAGCGUUUUGCGAAAGCGAUUAGCCGGCCGAGUCGUGCGGCAUCACAAGGAGGCAGUCGGAUCGAUUGAGUUCUCGCCGAAUGGAGAGGUGUUGGUUUCGAUGUGCAAGGGAGGGAGAAUAUUGUUCUUCGACACCAGUGCCAAUCAAUUGAAGCAAUUUGUCGUGGACGCGGACUGCUGUGGCACGGAGGGGACUAUCGCAUUCUCUCCUGAUGGAUCGCUCGUCGCCAUCACAACCGCCAAGGGCGCCAACAUCUACGACACCUCAUCGGGUGUUUUACAACGUACAAUAACCUCGCAUAUCGCCGGCGCUCGAGGUUUGGGUGGAUCCCAUUCACUUGUCGGCUUGUCCUUCUCCCCAGAUGGAUCAUCGAUCGCACUUGGAAGCGGAACAAACGAGAUCGGAAUCUACAAAAUCGACGGGUCCGGAGACUACUUCGCGCUGGAAAUCUCAGGCGUCAAGCGGCCGGAUCUUUGCUUCCUGAAAUUUGCUCACACCCCUAACGGUCACCUCAUCGCCGCUCAACUGCCGCCUUAUUUCGAGGAGAAACCUUGGAUCUGCGACGCCGCGAGCGGGAGGUUCGAGACAAUCGACCCUCCGUACCCCUACGGGCCGAGCAACGUUGCAUUGUCGUGGAAUGGAGCUUUCCUUGCAUUAUCUGCUGAUAACGGGGACGUGAAGGUUUUGGAUUUGAGCAAACGACUUGUGCUUGGCAAAUGAAUUACAGCCAUGGACCUCCAGUCACCGACUCGAUGAUCUCAAUCUUCACGAAUCAUACGCCGUUGAUAUGCCAUGACCGAACUUCCACCAAGAGCCCUUCCGGAAUUGUCUGCCAUACAUGACGCCGACCAGACUGGCGAGAAAUGAAAAUCGAACGACUACCACUAUUGCAAACUUAUGGAACCCCGGCCCCUACUUCCAUCGAGGCGAUAGAAAAAUGCCUUCAAUCUGACUACCGGUAAUGGGGAUCCCGCAAACCUUCUCUCAUAUGCGCUGAAGGAGGGGGCUUGAUCUCGAAGCGGAGCAAUACAGAAAGCCGCUCACGGGAUGUGACUCGCAAUAAUGCGCUUCGGUAGCCAUAGCAGCAUAUGAAGUGCAUGGCCGCCCGUUGUGCAACAUUCAUUCCUCGUCCCUAUGGAUACCGGUGAGCAGGCCAUGUCGAUUCCGACCCGCCUCGCGAGCAAAUGUCACGUCGCCCC